CUGAAACGUUAAGACGUUUAAGCCAAAGUAGGCAAAGCGCGGCACAUUAUUCCAAAGGAUAUGUUUGAGAAUUUAAAUAAAUUUAUAAUAUUUUACGUGUACAGCUUAGUGCUGGCCACUAAAGCGUGGGCGAUAACAGUGGAAAAUGAAUAUUUUUCAUCGGUGGCGGGUUUGGAAAAUUUAUUCAAAACGGAAGUGCAACUGUUAGCGGAAAUGCAAAAUUAUAUUUAUAAUUUGCAACAACAUAUUGAUGUGUUGCAAAGUGAAAUCAAUUUCGUACAUCAAGAACACGAUGAUGCUUCAAAAGAUCUUGAGGGCUACCUUAACAAUCCCAUAAAUGCGUAUCGUUUGAUAAAACGUCUCUACAGAGAUUGGCCAACAUUUGAAGAGUCUGUUACGGUUGAUGCCACACGUACAAAUUAUUUAGAGAAUUUGAUUGAAAUGAAACAAAAUCUAAGUUUUCCCACACAAAAUGAUAUGGUUGGUUCCACAUUGGCCUUGGUGCGCUUACAGGAAACAUAUCAAUUGGAUGUCUCACAAGUGGCUAGUGGCAUAUUAAAUGGUGUAAAAUAUGGUUCCUCUAUGUCAUGGCAAGAUUGUUAUUUAGUUGGUGAAUAUUUGUUUGCCAUGCAAGAUUAUAAUCAUACUAUACCUUGGCUCAAACAGUCUACAAAAAUGUUGAUGGCUGGUGAUUUUAGUGAUGAUGAGAUGACUUUGGAGUUUAUAGAAAUAAUUGCCGAAUAUCAUAAAACAAUAGGUGACUUUAAAUCAGCCAUGGAACUCAUCAGUUACAUACUCAGCAAAGAUGAGACACGACAAAGUGCUUUGGAAACUAAAGUGUAUUUGCAGCAAGUCAUAAGUGAGGGCAAACUGGAGGGGCUAAUGUAUCAAAAUAUUUCCAACCAAAAUCACUAUCAUAACACCAAUGAAUAUAAACUGUAUGAAAAAGUGUGCCGUGGCGAAUUUGAGCACUUGUCCAAACAGCAGCAAAGUCGUUUGGUCUGUAGACAUCACACCAACAAUCAUCCUUAUCGUUUGCUGCAGCCCUUUAAGCUCGAGGAGUUAUCGUUAGAUCCUUAUAUCGUAUUUGUGCACAAUGUUAUAAGUGAUCACCAAAUGGAGGUCAUUAAAGAAAUGGCUCAACCUUAUAUGCAAAGAUCAACAGUGUUUUCAAAAGAUGGCGGUCAUUCGGAAGUCACUUAUUAUCGUACUAGUAAAACCGCUUGGUUCAAAUAUGCUUAUCACAAUUACACCACACAGUGGUUAAGGCAUGUGAAUCAUUUGACGGGGCUUAAUACAGACAAUGCAGAAGAUUUGCAAAUAGCUAAUUAUGGCUUGGGCGGACAUUAUGAGCCACAUUUUGAUUUCUUUACGGAUGAUUUUACUACCUAUGAAAAGGAGGGAAAUCGUAUUUCUACCGCUAUUUUCUAUCUCGCCGACGUGGAGGAAGGUGGUGGCACUGCCUUUCCUUUUUUAAAUAUUUUGGUGAAACCCCGCAAAGGUGCCAUGUUAUUUUGGUAUAAUCUACAUGCCUCAGGUGAUGGUGACUAUCGCACCAAACAUGCUGCUUGUCCCGUACUGAAGGGCUCAAAAUGGAUUGCCAAUGUGUGGUUAAGAGAACCUGAUCAGUUCAACACUAGACCCUGUGAUCUAACAACAAAUCAUGAAGUAUCUUUAAUGUAUAAGGAUUAUAAUUAAUAAAGACUAGCAAGUAUUUCAAAA